UUGAAGAGCACUUGCAUGAACGUUUAGUUUACCAACAGUCGGUCGUGUUGUUUCAUUAAUCUAUAUAUAUGCAACCUCUGUUAAAAUAAGGAAGUUGAAAAUAAGUUGCCUAUUUUUUAACAUGGCUGUUAUUCUUGAGACCUCAGUAGGGGACCUAACAAUUGAUCUAUAUACUGAAGAAAGACCUAGAAGUUGCUUAAAUUUCUUGAAGUUAUGCAAGAUAAAAUACUACAACUUUUCCUUAUUCCAUUCAAUUCAGAGAAAUUUAGUUGCACAGACUGGAGACCCCACUGGGAGUGGGAGGGGAGGGGCUGCCAUCUUUGAGAAACUCUAUGGAGAACAAGCCAGGUUUUUUGAAAGAGAAGUAAAGCCCAUACUCAAGCACAAAAAGAUGGGCACAGUUUCAAUGGUUAAUAAUGGCAAUGACAUGCAUGGAUCUCAGUUUUUCAUAACAACUGGAGAUAAUUUAGACUAUUUGGAUGGCGUGCAUACAGUGUUUGGUGAGGUGUCAGAGGGUUUUGAUACCCUCAGUAAGAUAAAUGAGGCUCACUGUGAUCAAGAGAACCGUCCAUUCCAAGAUAUAAGGAUACUGCACACAAUAAUCCUAGAUGAUCCUUAUCCUGACCCACCAGGGUUGGAAAUUCCAGAAAGAUCUCCUGAACCAAGCAGAGAAAUGUUGGAUAGUGGUCGCAUAGGGUUUGAUGAAGAAAUAGAUGACACCAAAGGGAAAUCAAUGGCAGAGAUUGAAGAAAUGAUGAAAGAGAGAGAAGCUAAAGCAAAUGCACAGAUCCUAGAAAUGGUUGGAGAUCUUCCAGAUGUAGAUGUUAAGCCAGAAGAUAAUGUGUUAUUUGUUUGUAAACUCAACCCUGUAACAACUGGAGAGGACUUGGAAAUUAUUUUUUCAAGAUUUGGAAACAUAUUAAGUUGUGAAGUCAUCAAAGAUCAGAAGACAGGUAAUUCCUUGCAAUAUGCAUUUAUUGAAUUUGAAAAGGCUAGCGAGUGUGAGAAUGCAUAUUUUAAGAUGGACAAUGUAUUGAUUGAUGAUCGAAGGAUACAUGUUGACUUCAGCCAGUCUGUAGCUAAGAUUAAGUGGAGAGGAAAAGGAAAAGGAGUUGAACAUGUUAAUGAAACCCGUCAAAAAAGUCCACCAACAUACGUGUUGAAAACCCAAGAAAGAAAAGACAACAGGUAUGAUUUUGUAUAUUCUGAUGAAGAAGUUGAAGACUCGAAGAAAAAUAAGAAGCACAAAAAGGACAAAGAUCGCAGGUCUAGAUCCAGGGAGAGAGAUAGAAAACAAGGAAAGAAAAGUGAAAGAAAAAGGUCAUCAAGCCCCUCAUUUAGAAAAGACAGGCAAAGAGAUCAUAGAAGGCAAAAGGAUAGAGAAUGGGACAGAGAUACAAGAGAAAGAGACAGGGAUGAUGACAGAGAAAGAAGAGAAAAAGACAAAGAUCGGGACAGGGAUAGAAGAGAUCGAUACAGAAAUGAGGACAGAGACAGAAGAGACAGAGAGAGUGAAAAACGUAGGGACAAAACAUACAAAAAGAAAGACAAAAGCAGAGCAAAGUAUAGUGAAAGUUCAGAUGAGGAUUUUAAAGAAAGAGACAAGUUUAAACGCAGAGACAGGUCUCGGAGCAGGUAGCUGAUCAAUUAAAGAAGAAAAAGCAUUCAAAUAAAAUCAAGUUGCAUAUUCACAUGCACUCUUAUCAGAUAUAUGCAUAAUUUGUGUGCAUUUUUAAACUUUGAUAAUUGUUUUCAGUGUAUCUCAAUACUUUAAAGCUAGAAAUAAAUCUUUAAAACAUUUUUAUAAAAUUUUAUUACAAAGUACCUAGACCAGCUAGUGUAGUUUCAAUAGUUACAUAAACAGCAGAGAAAUGUUUUUAAAAAUUGCUAUGUAUGCAUUAAUCAAUACAAUUUCACAAACUUCCAUUGACAUUUUGAUUAACAAUACCUCAAAAUUUUAAGAUAUUUAAUGCACCUUACUGUUUGACUUUCAAAGUGAAAUAUUGUUAGAACAUUCCAUUACCCUCUUAAUCAAAUUUAUUAUUAUCAGUCACGUUUCCGGCUGUGCCCAUGUUGUGCAUACAUUAACAUAACUUUGAAUAUAUGAUGGUAUAAUAAGCUAAAUUCAAACCCUGUCUACCCUGGCUAUGAACUCGAGGGCCAUUAGUCUUUAUUUGGAAUGGAGACUCACAUAUUCUGACAAAUUAUUUUAAUGCAUCAAUAAAGGCACAGCUGAGCCUUCUCUCAUCUGGUUCCUGAGCUGUAUUCUCAAAUCGCUAUUCUCAAUGGAAUGCCACUUGUAGUCUUUUCGAGUCAUGGGUUCUGCUUUCAUUUGAUAUAACACUGUUAGACAUAUACCAUCAUUUACUGCUUCCAAAUCACCUGAAUGUUCAACUGACAAUACACCACAAACUUUAAUGUCUGGUGUAUUUUGUCCGGAGUUUAGAGCAACCUGUGAAAGAAGACAUAACUCUCAUUUUCUUUCCAGACUUUUUGAUUGCAUGGUUGAAAC